AAACGUGUCUCGUUUUGUCUCGCCACAAUGUUGCCACUUAUUACGGUGUUGCUAAUAAUCUCAUAAUGAUACCGGGAGCUGACCCUGUCUUCCACUCGUUCAAAUAUUGGACAAUUUGGACAGGGAUCAAUGUGGAGGCGCGCGGAUUUGAGGAAAAUCUCAAAAGGAUUCCCGGCUCGGCUGUUGUCAUCUGCAAUCAUCAGAGUGUUGUGGACGUUGUGGUAAUGACCCGCGUUUGGCCACCUCGUUGCACCGUUAUGAUGAAGGAGUCUCUCAAAUACAUCCCGUUCUUCAACCUAACCAGCAUUUUCGUGAGCUAUGUGCCCUCAUUAUUUUUGUUUUCUGUUGAGCAGAACAACCUUUCGCUUUUCAUCGUCCUCGCGAAUGCGAUUUUUGUGAAAGGCUUCAAACGAGGUCAAGUUUCAGGCACUGUCGAGCAAUGUGUGAAAAAAAUGAAGAAGUAUAAUUUGAAGGUGAAAGCGAUAUGGAUUUUUCCCGAAGGAGCACGGAGUCAUAAUGAUGGUAUGCUUCCCUUUAAGAAAGGAGCAUUUAACAUUGCUGUUCGGGGCGGUUUUCCAAUAGUACCAAUUGUUCUAUCAAAUUACCGGCCAUUCUACUCGAAAUCCGAUUGCUAUUUCACGAACGACGGCGAAGUGAUCGCACAAGUUCUCAAUCCGAUAAGCACUAAAGAGCUCACAGAGGAAGACGUCCCCGAACUUUCACAGAAGGUGCGAUCUAUGAUGCUUGAGGUUUAUUACGACAUCAGUAAGGAAGCAGCGGAAAAAAUGAGAAGAAAACGUCAGCAACUGUCAUAA